AUGCACGUGUCGCAGAAAAGCACGCCGCAGUUUAAAAAAGCGACCGACGCGGACGUCGAGACGGUCUUUGCCGUCUCGGUGGCCGUCUUUGGCGGCGAGGACGAGAAGCAUGGCCUCGCCGAAUGGCGCCGCCGUCUCCGGGCGAUGCAUGGGCGCAUCUUCUACGUACAGGCCAAUGACGGAAGCGUGCUUGGCUUUGUCUUCGUGCAUGCCCAUGCAACGUCUGCAAAGACCAUGCACGUGUGGAUCGCAGCGACGCAUCCGUGCGCACGGCGCCAAGGCGUCAUGCGGCGCCUGUUCCAGCACUGCCGUCGCAUCUUUGGCGGCGACCACGCACGCCUUACCGUCAACACGUUUCCAGCCCGGUUCCCGCACAUGCCGCCGUUCCUCACCGCGCUUGGGUAUGCGCCGAUUGGCAUCCAAGGCGAGAAACACUGCUACGCCCUCCAGCUCGACGCUGCUGUGUAG